AUGUCGCUCUCGCCGUCGCCCGCACGCACUCUGGAGCAGUCGCUGCUCGAUGACUCGCUGGCAGCAGCCGAGGCUGAGGGUAUUGUCCUCGAGGCCAUUGCCUUUGAGCCGCCCAUGCACUCGGCCACGGUCAAGAGCCAGGAGGCUGCCACCGUCGCCGAGCUGCGGAGACUCCGUGAGACGCUCGAGACGAACCUGGCCUCAUGGGGCCCCGCAGCUCCGCUUGAUGCAAAGUUCGAUGAGUCUACCGUCACCGACCAGCUUGACGACCUCCUCCCGCCCAUUGUGGACGGUGCAGAGGAUGUUCUCCGUGCUGCCGAGGCUCUGCGCAGCGAGGAGGGCAACUCGCAGUAUUCCGAGCUCAAGACGGUCCUGCAACGACUGCAGAGCGGGCAGGUCCGUGCCGGCGACAAGCUCGAUGCGCUGGUGGCGUCUGUGGCGGAUGCGGUGCGCAAGGCGCUGACUGAGCUGGAUGGAACUCGCAACAGCGAGGCAGCCAAGGUUCUGCUCGCGGUGCUCACCGAGAUCAUUGCUAGCAUCGAGCAGCUGGCAGCGGUGGUGGUGCCGGACAUGCGGGUCCUCCACCAGCGGGCGCAGCGAGCCGAGGCUUCUGCCGAGGAGUUUGAGGUCGACCGAGCGAACUCGGACUGGACGGUGGCUAUGACGCAGCGCGAGGCACAGGUGUUCGGCGAGGUGGACACAGUGCUUGACGAGACGCGGGCGCAGCUCCGCGAGUGCGAGGCCAUCCACCACACCCUGUACUCGUACCAGGUCGAGCCACUGGCGCUGGACUCGUCGUCGUCGGCAGACGACCUCGAGCUUGUGCACGCCGCGCUCCGGCGGCUCCGUGAGCUGGAAGGUUCCGAGGAGCGCAAGUACGGGCAGCUCGAGCGUGGCCUCGACGCGCAGCUCGCACGGUUCAACAAAAAGGCGGAGACGUCCGAGGCGACGGUGACCAUGCUCACUUCGCGCAUCCAGUCGCUGCUCGGCGACCUCGCCGACGCACAUGCCAAGGCAUGGCGCGACCGCAAGAAGGUGCUUGUGUGCGAGCGGACCAUGGCGCUGCUCCGCAAGAAGCAGCGGAUCAACCAGUCGCUGGCCGAGGGCGAGGAGGAGGAGCUGCUCCGUCUCGAGCGCGACGUCAAGGCCGCCGCCGCCGCCGCCGCCAUUGCCGACGCGGUCAACCAUGAUGCCGCGGCCUCGCUCCGCGCCAUCGCCCAGGAGCGCGAAGCCGACCUGGUCACCGACCUCUUUGACCUCUACGUCGACCAUCUCACUCUCCUCCGCCGCAAGUACUACCAGGUCUCACUCUCGGUCUUUGCCGCCGAGUCGGCCGUCGAGAUCCUCCGCCAGGAGCAGGACGGCGUGCUGACCAAGAAGCAGCGUGCCAACGCUGCUAAGCGGCCCGAUCUGGUCGCCGCCUGCAACGACCAACUCGCUACCCUCGAGACCAAGCUCAAUGACGAGCUCGACCGCAUUGCCACCCUCCAGGACCAGCUGGCCUCGCUCCAGGACGAUUGGGAGGUCUCGAUGGACACUCUCGAGGCUCUCGACAUUACCGACGCCCAGCGGACCGAGCUGGCUGAUGUCAAGACCGCGUGGAAGGCGCUGCUGGAGCAGAUCCGCGCCCAGGCCGCCGCACACCGCCGCCUCGUCGACCUCGACAACCGGCUCGAUGCCACCUUCCUCUCGCAGGCGUAGUGAGAGCGUCGUCGCUGUGUCCCUCUGUGCUUGUUAAAUAGCCAAUCUCUCCCCA